AUAUUUUCACGCGGUUGCUUGACCAAUAAUUAAUCACUUGACUUCAUCCUUAACAAAUACAAAUAAAAUAACAUGAUCAGGCAAAACUUUUCGGAGCUCUGAAAACUUCUGCUGCAGUGCCUUUUAUUCAGGCUGACUCAGGUUUUGGUAGAGGUUUUUACUAGAAAUGGCUUCAUUUUUCAAUCCACCUCCCCCAGAUACGCCAGAUUUCGAUGAAUCUCUGAAAAAUGCCAACAAAACCUUCAGUACUUGGGCAAUCAUCUCCGUCGUAUUGAGCUUGGCAGUGCUUGCAGUAAUUGGUUUUAUCUCUUACAAAUGUGCAAAGAGAGCAAGGAAAGUGAUUGUUCAGGAUUUACAAACAGUUGCGGCUGCAUCAAACAACACGCCCCAACAACAUGUGAUUCCAGUUUGGGAGGUUACUGGUCCAACAAUGGAGAAUUUCCUCCAGGAAAUGGCAAAGGAGAAGCCUGUCAGAUUCUCCGCACAGCAGCUAUUUUCUUUCACAAAUAAUUACUCUAACAGGUUGGGUUCCGGAGGUUUUGGGGCUGUCUACAAGGGUCAGUUUCCUAAUGGAGUGAUGAUUGCAGUAAAGGUUCUUAAGUGGAGUGCAGACAGAAAAGCUGAAGAUGAACAAUUCAUGGCAGAAAUUGGUACAAUUGGAAGAACUUACCAUAUAAAUCUGGUUAGACUUUAUGGUUUUUGCCAUGACCAACAUAUGAGUGCACUUGUGUAUGAGUACCUGGAAAAUGGAUCCCUGGAUCAGUACUUAUUCAAAGAGAAAAAAGAGAUUGAAUGGGAGAAGUUACACGAAAUUGCCAUAGGGACAGCCAGGGGUUUAGCCUAUUUACAUGAAGAAUGUCAGCAAAGAAUCAUUCAUUAUGAUAUAAAGCCUGGAAAUAUUCUCCUGGACGGAAACUUCUUUCCUAAAGUGGGUGAUUUCGGACUCGCAAAACUUUGCAAUAGAGACAGCACACAUGUUACACUCACAGGAUAUAGAGGAACUCCUGGCUAUUCAGCACCAGAAUUUCUGUUAAAGAACCACCCAAUAACACAUAAAUGCGAUGUUUAUAGCUUUGGGAUGGUGUUAUUUGAGAUAAUUGGUAGACGAAGAAAUGCAGUCGUUGGUUCUUCACCUUCUGAUGACAGUCUUGAUUGGUUUCCGAAGCAUGUUUGGGAAAAAUAUGAGAAAGAUGAACUGGGUGCAAUGACAAUAACUUGUGGGAUUGAAGAGAAAGACCGAGAGAAAGCAGAGAGAAUGAGUAAGGUGGCAUUGUGGUGUGUCCAAGAUUCACCAGAGACAAGGCCACCAAUGAAUGCAGUGGUGAAGAUGUUGGAGGGAGGAGUGGACAUUGUGCCACCUCCAAAACCAUUUCAGUAUUUGUUCUCUUUAGGGAUGGCUCAGCUUCAUUCAACAGAAACUACAGAAGGUUCAGGUUACACAGCAAACGAAGAAAGUCGGUCUCGGUGGUACAAGGAGAACACUCCAAUCAUGGCCAAGUACGAAAUACAGAUGGCUAGUUCUACAUAAGAACUAAGCCAUUGGUGCUCCAAAAGGACAAAGCUUAAAUUAAUAUAGUUAGAUAACUUGUUUUCCUUAUGUUUCAUGUGUAUGGCAAAUCAUAUUGUUAUAAUCAAAUUAUAAUUUCUAUGUGUUA